CAGCAAGGACUCGACCUCUACAGAGCCGUGACGAGAACCUCCGCCGUCACACUGGGACUUUCCGUACCCACUUGCGAAACGAUACUGCUAUAAUUAAACCAAAGUGGAGCAUCCAUUAUCCUUACCAAAGGAGGAUUAAAUUUUUCUUAUUGGGUUAUUAGUAUUCAAUUAUGGCAGCCUAGACACCUUCAAAAGGGAUGUCCAAGAUGGGGGGAGGGGUUUGAGAGUAUAUAUCCCUUGGUCUGUGUGUGUGUGUGUGUGUGUGUGUGUUUGGGCUUGAGAUAUUUAUUUAAUUUCUAAUGUUAGUACACAUAAUCACUUAUCACAUGUUUAAGUUUAAAUGGCUAGUUGAUUUAUUAGACAUGUCUUUGCUAAAUAUACAAGGUAAUAAAGUGUGUACUGAUCCUGGGUGAUGUGACCACAGGGUAAUAUUCUGAUUAUUGAUUUAAGGAUGCAUUUUAAUAAAAUUUUAAUAGAAUAGUCCAUCCUUUUUUUCUGCACAGGAUGUGUUCUGUUGGCCGUACAUCCACUGGGACUCUUACUGAAAGGUUCAGAGGUAGCACUCACUGCUAGGUACAGGUAAAAUCCACCCAGGUGUUAAGUCUGGGCUACAUGUAGGAAACAGGUUGUUGGAAGAAAAGAAAUGACGUAUCCCCAGGCACGUCAUGCAGUUUGUAUCCAGUACAGUGUAAUGAUAGUGGUUACUGGACUGGUAAUUAAGUUUCACACUUAGCCAAGCAUCACUUUCUUUUUUCGGUCUCUUUACUGUUUCUGUUUUUUUGAUUUGAGUUGAUUAUCUGUUGCAGUGUGAGUGAGUGUGUCGGUGUGAGAAAGCAAGACCUUGGGUUUUCUCAAACCCCUCUCCCUUUGACGGACAUCUCUUUUGCCUUAUAUUUCUAAACUUAAAUCCAAAAAUGGAAACACUUGUUCAACUCAAAAAUAACCCGUUCUUAAUGGGGCUGUGUCGCAAUGGGCCCCCACCUGACCUGCAAUAUGAUAACUCCUCAGAGCUCUUCCGCAUCUCUACCUUCGCCCGAUUCCCAGCUUCAGGAGUCACAGAGCGAAGUCUGGCGAGAGCAGGCUGGUUCUACACCGGCGUGGGCGACCGGGUGCAGUGUUUCAGGUGUAACGUGACAGCAGAGGGCUGGCAGGCUGGAGACUGUCCAACAGAGAAACACAGGCAGCUUUCUCCUUCCUGCUCCUUCAUCCAGAGCCUUCCGUCUACAGCCAACUUGCUCUCCUCCUCUCACUCCGCCUUCUCCCCACUACGCAUUGCUCCAGCCAUACCACUUUCUGGUCCAGGCCCAGCCGCUCCUAACCCGACAGUAAGCCAAGGUGAUGAGCCAGUCUACCUAAAUAUGGGCUUCUCCGCUCCACCGCCCUCCAGCCCACUCAGCUCUCGUGGCGUAGAGGACAUGUCCCACCAGAGACCAACAUGCCACAACCCUAGCAUGCGCAGAGAGCAGGACCGCCUGGACUCCUUCCACCCCUGGACACUCUCCAUUAUUACUCCCGCUGAGCUCGCCAAGGCGGGCUUCUACUACCUUGGCCAGGGCGACAGAGUGGCCUGCUUCAGUUGUGGAGGACAGUUGAGUAACUGGGAGCCAGGUGACAGAGCCGUAUCCGAGCACCAGAGGCAUUAUCCAAACUGUCGUUUUGUGCGGGGGGACAGAGCAGACAACGUGUCGCUGGCUGGAGCUGCGUCCGGAGGAGUUACUUCCCAACUGUCUUCUGGAGCCCCAGCUCUCAGUAAUGUGUCCAACCCUGCUAUGCAGCAGAGCGAAGAGAGGCUGCUCACUUUUGUCAACUGGCCGUCUCGUAUCCCUGUUCGGCCCGACCAGCUGUCUAAAGCUGGCUUCUACUAUGUCGGUCGUAACGAUGACGUCAAGUGUUUCUGCUGCGAUGGCGGCCUGCGAUGCUGGGAGUCCGGAGAUGACCCUUGGGUGGAACAUGCAAAAUGGUUCCCUCGGUGUGAAUAUUUGCUCCAGGAGAAGGGACAAGAGUUUGUUCACCAGAUUCAGGCUCGCUUCCCGCGGCUGUUUGAACAGCUCUUAACAAAUGGAGACAGCAGCUCCAGAGAGUUUGUGGAUCCACCUGUUGUUCACCUCGGUCCAGGAGAGGAGCGGUCUGAGGAUGCUGUCAUGAUGAACACCCCCGUGAUCAAGUCUGCUUUAGAGAUGGGCUUUGAGCGUAGUCUAGUCAAGCAAACAGUACAGAGCAAAAUCCUGACCAGCGGAGAGAACUACAGAACAGUCCAGGAGCUGGUUUCAGACCUGCUGAGUGCCGAGGACCAGAAGAGGGAGGAGGAGCGAGAGAUGCUGGCGGAGGCGAUGGCAUCAGAUGGUUUCACCUUUGUGAAGAGACACCAAGCAGCGCUGAUUCAGCGACUGAAGAGUGUGGAGCCAGUGUUGGACCAUUUAAGAGAGCAAAAUGUCAUAUCUACAGAGGACUAUAGUGGUCUCAAGGCUCAGACGUCGGCUCAGCAGCAAACCGCCAGGCUGAUAGAGCUCGUCCUCACCAAGGGAAACGCAGCAGCCGAGGUCUUCCGCAACUGGAUCCAGAAAAAUGACGUGCACCUGCUCAGAGAUCUCAUGGCCCAAUCAAAUGAAGCUGCAUCACCGAGUCAAGACCUUUCAGACCUGCCCAUGGAGGAGCAGCUGCGGCGCCUGCAGGAGGAGCGAACCUGCAAAGUGUGUAUGGACAAAGAGGUCAACAUCGUCUUCAUCCCAUGUGGACACCUGGUAGUGUGCAAAGAGUGCGCGCCAUCACUGCGCAAGUGCCCAAUCUGCAGAGGCCUGGUUAAAGGCACGGUCCGAACCUUCCUCUCAUAACCAGCAGUCUCAUGUGUCACAGUGAUGUGAUUAAAUGAAUGUAAGCAAUACCAUAUAAACUUAUAUUUAUUGAUUAAAGCAGGAAGGUGGUUCAUCUUUUCUUUUGUGCCUGUGAUAUAUCUUACCAUGUUAAUCCUUUUUCUACAUUUAUCUAAAUAGUUACAUAUCACUGAACAAUGGAACUUUAUGACAGAUGUAAGAAUACACUAAGUAAUACUCUUAAUAUUAAUCAAGGCUAUUAAUGGGUAUAUUUCCACAUUAUUGCUUAAUACCACAACAUAGGAAAAUGUUUGAAAAAUAAUCUGAUCAGUGCAUUGACCUGUGUUCUGUUAUUACAAUAAACUUAAUGUAUGUAAAACUGAACUUGUUAAUUGUUCUGAUAAACAUGAUUCUACUAUGCUAACACAAGUAGUAACAGCAGCCCUGCAGUAAAUGUCAGUUUGAUAAAGGUCUAAAUGUCUCCAGACUCAAGUGUGUUGAGCAAUGGCAACAGCUACUGUACCUCAUGAUUAGUGGAGCAGCUACAUAAGCUGCUGUGGUCUGAUGGUGACCCAAGGUGCUGAUGCAUGUUUUGUAAUACUGUUGUCAUCAGUAUAGUGAGGGAAAAGUUCAAAUGAAGCAAGUGUACUUAACAGCGGUCACGAGUACACCCAGUGCUGACUACCCCCCCCCCCCCAAAUAGCCAAGUUACAUCAACAUCUGUGUGAACAACUGUCUUGAUAAUUAACUGUAAAAAAAUUCUAAUCACCCUGUAACCACUUCACCAAGGACAACGGAUAAUGUAAGGCAUAUUCUCAUGAUCUGUAUGAAACAGUAAUGAUACUACCCAAAUAUCAAAGUGAACUGACAUUUAUUACUGUGUAUGCUACAUCUCCAGUGUAACUGCAGCUAUUGUAUUUUAGAUUUUUAACCUAACAAGGAUAGAAUUCUGUUGUAAACACGAGAUACUAACCCAGCAUUUUCCUCAAGCUUUCACACCAGUGACAACUGUCAGUUAAGUGGUCUGCACUUGCUGUGAUUUAUUCAAUGAAUGUAGAAACAGCAUUAAUAAACUUGGAAGUUGACACCAACAUGUGCUCCAAAUCUGCCACUCAAAGCAUGUGUUUUCACUAAGUGUAAUGUUUCAGUUACAUAUUACAGGGUUCCCAUGGUCAUGGAAAACCUGGAAAAGUCUUCCCAGUCACAUUUUCAGGCCUGGAGAAGUCAAGGAAUUAGUAAAAAUCACUGAAAGCUUUGGAAAAGUCAUGGAAGUUUGUUUUAUCAAUUAGAUUGUUUCAGUAUUUAUCCAUGGAUAACAUUUCACAAUGUCACCAAUGAAGAUUAGUAUAAGUUUGAUGGCAUGCUGAACUUCCUACUUUCUCUCUGUAGGUCACCAGACCAUCAAAAUGUGAUGGUCAGUACAAAAGAUAGUCACUUGUGACCAACACUCAUGACAGAAAAAUAUGCUUCCGUUUGUCAGUAACACAUUCAGAAGCCAAACUGACCAAAUCCAUGCUUACAGUAUUUAAAUCCCCUGCCCUCUAGAAACAAGACUUAGAUCAAACAGUAUCCAGCAUUUAACAAUCCAACAGGGAGGCAGUUAAAAAGCUUUAUGAAGAUGGUUUCUAAAAAAAAAAACUCAGUUUUGUAACACUCCAAUACACUGACUGAUCAAGACAAGUUAAAUGUCUGAAUUAGUCCUGAUGUCUGGCCAAAAAAAAAAAAAAAAAAAAAAAAAAAA